UACCAGCUAACAAUAGGCUCAACGGCUAGAAUUUGAGAUUUCAUUAGUUGCCCGAAUCUUCAGUACUAACUAUUAAAUCUGACAAAAAUCAAAAACACUCAUAAUUAAGAAAAUUAUUUUUUGUAUUCGGUGGUUAACAAAGAUCAAAUAAAAAGGAUGCAUUUAAUUUUCACUGCAGUUGCUACUUUUUACGCAGCAUUCUUUAGCAUUGGUACUAUACAAAAUUCAGAUUCACCCAAUUGUACUACACUAAAUGGAAUUGCUGGACAUUGUAUUGGCAUACAUCAAUGUACACCAUUAUUAAAAAAACUAAUAGAAAAACCUAUUUAUCAAGAAGUUAUUGACAAUUUGAAAGUUUCUCACUGUGGUUUCGAUGGACUAGUUCCACUCGUAUGCUGCCCUUCUAAAAUUAAUUCUUCUAAUUUCAAUUUGAAUAAACCGUUAGUAACAACUACAGAAACUUCAAUUAGCACAUUAGAGAAUGUAAAUAAUAAUGACGCUAUCAUCAAGUUGCUCGAUAAUCCACUGUUACCAAGUGAUUGCGGGAGAGAUUCGACACCUCGUGAUUUAAAAUCGGCAAAUACUACCCUUGGCGAAUUUCCAUGGUUGGUAUUAUUGGAGUAUGAUAAUGGAACCAAUACUAAAUUUCAAUGCGCAGGAGCACUUAUAAGCAAACGCUAUGUUCUUACUGCAGCUAAAUGUUUGAUAGAACGUCCACCGUGGGUAUUGUCAAGUGUACGAUUAGGAGUGCAUGAUUUGCAUUUAUCUACGAAUUGCGUUAAAGGUGAUGACGGAAAUAUAUGUUCUGAUGGUUCAAUCAGUGUUGAGAUCGAGGAAUCAUUCAUACAUGAACUAUUUGAUAUACAUCUCGAAAUAAAUUUUAAUUAUGAUGUCGGAUUAGUACGAUUAUCUAAAGACAUUGUUUCGACUUAUUAUAUUAAGCCUAUUUGUUUGCCUAAAUCUUCUAUAAUCAAUAAUGAAUUGUAUAUAGCUGGUUGGAGUUCAACUUUAGAGAAUUCAUCUUCAAAUGUUAAACGUAAAGUUUCGGUACAACUCUUUGACAAAGAUUUGUGCCAAACAAUUUACGGUUUUGGAUGGAACGCAACAGUAAGCUUUGAACAAAUUUGUGCUGGUGGCGAAAUAAAGAGAGAUGGAUGUAUUGGUGAUGGUGGUGGACCACUUAUGAGUUUUUGGAAUUUACCUAAUGGUGAUAAAAUUUGGACAGCCGUAGGAAUCGAAUCCUAUGGUCAUGAAUAUUGUGGUUCCGUUGGUUUUCCUAGUAUUUACACUAAAGUAUAUAAUUUCAUUCCAUGGAUAAUUAGUAAAAUGAGACCUUAAGAAAGUGUAUCAUUUAUUUGAUAAAAAUUUUUUAACAUUUUGCUGUUAAAAUUAGAUCAACUACUUCUCUAUUAGUAUAAUAAUAUUUCUAAUAAUUUUUAUACUUGAGAUAAAUUUUGUACAUAUUUUGGUAUUU